AUGGCCAAGAUAGCCAAAUGCAGCGAGCGUUCUGUUACUAACAUCCGAAAGAACAUGCGGUUAUUCGGCAGUGCCAGGUCUCCCCCAAUUGCUCCCGGCCGCCCAUCGAGUAUCACAAAAGUAAUGGUAGAUGCCCUGUUUGACCACCUCACGGAAAAACCCGACCUCUAUGUUGAGGAGAUGGCUAUCUUCCUAUUCGACGAGUUCAACUUGAUACCUUCGAUAUCCAGCAGUAAUCGAGCUCUAUACCGGGCUGGGUGGUCGAAAAAGAAAGCGCAGCAGAGAGAAAGCGAACGAAAUCCACAGUUACGAGAUUUUUACCAGCACAAACUGUCAAAGUUGCGUUCGUUUCAUCUAGUUUUCGUUGAUGAGUCUGGGUGCGAUAAACGGGUGGGCUAUAGGCGGACGGGUUGGUCUCCACUGGGCGUGACACCAAUCCAGGUAUCCAAAUUCCAUCGGGGCUAA